AUCUCGUCUCUUUACUACAGAAUCUGCCAGUGCUUCGUGUUAACGUCGUAGGCAAAUUUCGAGAUAAAUAUUUGCUCUUUCAGACUUCGUUCAAUUCCAGUGAAUCAAAAGUUUCAAUUCUUCCACUAGUCGGGGUGCAUUUCUAAAAAGAAGGGCAAGAGAAGCCGGAGAUUCAGGGUGCCGAGAUCCCAGAACGUGCCAGGCGUUGCUCUGACAUCCGAUUCAGGAAUGGAUUGAUUUGCGACGUGUCGCAUCGAGGAUAGAAGAAGAUUAUCCGUUGGAAUUUAUGUCCUAAAGAACGCUGUGAAGUUUUCAAAGGACGAAUAAUAGCCUCUGACAGAAGCUCAUCGUUCGCCAUCCUCUUAUCGCUCGUUGCAUUCGGAUUUUCCGGAGGACGUAUAGCGGAAAGAGGAGAGGAAGACACCAAUCGCAACUAUUUCAACGGUCGACAACUUUGGCCUGAUCUACGUCAAGUAGCGAAUCGUUUGUCUAUAAGCCGUUAGCGUUACUCACGAAUCGUCGGGAAUUCGGGAGUUCGGGAUCGAUCGAUUAGUGCGAAGGUGUGUAAAUGCUACUGGUAUAGUGAUCGCUAUCCUGUUUCUACCAACGAGGGACUUCUUCCUAGAAAGUUCAGUUCUAUGAAAAAAACAUAAUAGAGAAAAAUCUUGGACGAUGGAGGAAGAUGCAAAUCGCAGUUGGGGUUCGUCGAUUGUCCGUCCGUCCGUCCGUCCGUCCGUCGAUCGACGAAAAACGGAAAACGCGUACGGUUUUCGGUGCCCGGGUAUCGAGAAACGUUUCGGAAAAAGACGGAAUCCGUCGGUCCGUCCGUCGAUCAGUUUAUGUACUCAUGAACGGUACUCGGAAAUGCUGACACAUUUAUUUGGUCUCAACUCGGCUGUCGUAGAUGCUGCCGGGUCAGCGCCAGCCUGAGCUGAGUAACGCGUCUCGCUUCGCAUGAAACAGAGGUAGAAUUGAGGUAUUCGUCUUGUAGCCGCCGGCUCAUUUGCCUCAUUGAUCAUCGGUAGGUAAUCAAAUGCCAAAAUGUGUGGCAAAAUCGCAAAGAUAAGAUUGAGCCAGUGGUCCGGACUUAGCAUUGCCGGGAAAUGCUCGGAGAUUUGGGGACAAUUUUUCUCAUUGAGAGGAUAUGUCCCAUGGUAGAUUGAGCAUUGACGGAGAAAUGAUUUGAUUUUUAAUCGGGACACGCGCGAUUUAUCCAGAAACCCGUGUAACGGUACGCAAAUCUAUUCUCAUUUUAUUCUCGAAGCCAGCAAACCUCGAGGACGAGUGGCCCUGGUUUACCUUGAUGAGUCGGAUCCACAGUUCUAUCUACCCUGAAUUCUGCACAUUGCCUAUCAUCCAGGUCGUGUCGAACACCGAAGCUCACACACAAAGAGAUGUCUCGCGAUUACGACAAUAGAAGAAGAAGUGGCAAUGGAAGCGGUUCGAGUAAGAUGCGUAUGGAUACUAAUGUCUCUCAAUCUCGCCCUCACGGCGGAGAGAGUUCCGGAAAGCGAAGGGAACUGGACAGCGUAAUGCGAAAAGCGAGGGAGUCGCAGUCUAGCUACUGGAACAAAAAACUCCUAGAAGUGGAGGAACGAGAUCCAAAUCGUUGGCGGCACAGUGGCUACAAAGAGCUAUACAUAGGAGGAAGCACCAGCGCAGAGCCUAGCAGGGGUGGAAAUCCACGUAGUCCACGAAGCCCCAGACCCAGAAGUCCUCAUAGUCCUCGUCCUCGCAGUCCUAGACCUCGCAGCCCUAGAUCGCCACGUGAACGAAACUCUCAUGCUAAUCGAACUCGUCUGGCACGUAGUCCAAGCUCCGGGAGCACCUGUUCCGACAGAUCUUGUUCUGUAUGCUCUCCGAAAGAGCGUCGCCGCGUUGCUCCCCCUUCGAGAUCGCGAUCAAGAUCGUUUUCUGCUACAAGAUCGAGGCCGUAUCUUAAGGAGACGGUUCCCUCUGGCUCCAGGAUUCCGGCGCCCAGGGCUAGGCCCCGUUCACCACCGCUACCGCGACCGCGCACUCCUCCCUUAGCUCCCCAACCGUCACCUAGCAGACAUAAGGCUUAUACUAAACACGGUAAAGAGAAGGAAGCCAAGGCUAGGCGCAAGGAAAAACACCACAGCCGAGUUGCGGAGGAUCCCAGAGUCCCUGAUCCUAUACCCUUGAUGCGUAAGCCAGUGAAGGUGGAAAAGGUACAUUCUAAUCAUGUGCCGCCGCAGCCAAUUCAAACCGUACAUGCUCCGUUGGAUUCAUCGGUCAGUGAAGAUAGCGACAGUUCUUCUAAUACUUCGCACGCCGGCCCUCCUAGAAUGACUUUAUCCGAAAGAUUCGGCAAAAUGGCGCAGUGGAGCGUAGAUCGCAGGGAUAUGGAGAACAUGCGCAUAACCAAAGAUGGGGAAAAUGCCAUGAAAGUGGUGAUUGAAGGAGAGGAAAGAAUUGCUCGGCUAGGCUAUGACUCUCCUCCACCAGGCCAUUACCCUGAAUCCCUUUUAGCUCAGGGUCCUCGAGGCCUUGAAUCAUGGGACGAUGUUCGCGUUCGAUAUGAUUACUACAAGGCUCGUGGCUAUUUGAGAGAUCUCACACUCGACGAUUACGUAAAAUGGGAGGAAUGGUGGUACAAAUAUCAGGAGUGGCUCGAAGCUGAACGGUUUUACGAGCAAUGGGCUACCAAUCGUCCAUCGGGAGGUGGCCGUAAGAGACGUGGACGUCGCAACAACAAUGCUCAUUAACGACGAGCAUCUACAAAUUACAAAGACUUACGUAUGAGGAUUGAUCGAAUCUUGAUCAUCGAUAUUAAUAUGAUUUAUUAUCUCUGUUGAGGAUUAUUAUAUUGUGUUCGUAAGUACACACAUAUAAUUGCUACGUCGUAUACGAAAAAAUGUGGGAAUUAUUUUACAUUUAAAAAUAAGCCGUACAUUAUAUUGCAUACAAUUAAAUAUUAUCACAGUCGCAUCAUUA